GAGACGUUGUUACGGUAUUUGCACACCUCCCGUGCAAUAAAGGGCAAGUUACUCAGAAUCUCACCGACGCCAUCGAGUCAUGGAGCACGCCAGAGAGGAGGAACAGAACGAAGAAAGUCAGUACCAAACCUUGGCUGAGGAGGAUCCAAUUAUACUGGGAGCUGGCGUGUUUCCUACAGCUUUAUCUGAAGAGCAACUGGCAGCAGCCACAGAGAAAGCACGACAAGACCUCUUUGGAUCUAGUAAGAUCUUUCACCUAGAUGCCAUAGAGAAGAAAAAUUAUGUCAUGUCGGAUAUUAUAAAUAAUCGGGCUGAAGAACAUUAUGAGAAAGGAAAGACUCUCGUUAACAUGGGACUAAUGGAGGAAGCGAUAAUUUCAUUCAACAAAGCCCUUAAUUUGGAUCCUCGGAGGAAAGAGUUUCAUUUGAGAAAGGCUGAGGCAUAUCUCUACAUCGGGGAUUUCCAGUCUUCUGUCCUGAACUACAGAAUGGCCAGCAACUUGGAUCCAGCAGAUGAAAGUCUUGUGUCAACGAUAAGCCACACUUUGUAUAUACACGGUCAAUACCUGUUUGAAGUCAAAAUGUACGGCGAGGCCUUGGAAAUUUUUGCCCUGGCUUCAGAACUGAGACCUGCAAAUCAACAUUACCACAUGCGAAGUAUCGCUACCCUGCUUGCAUUGGGAAGGCUUGAAGAUUGCCUCCAAUAUGUCACCAAGCAACUUGAGGUUGUGCCUUCCAAUGCAGAUCUCUACAUCCUUCGGGCGAGGCUGCAAGACCACUUUUCCAAUGUAGUUAGUUGUUACCGGGACGUCAGUCACGCUCUGUCCCUGGACCCCUCCCAUCCAGAGGCGGUUUCAUUAAUGGCUACACUGAAGCUAAGAGCAGAAGAGGCGAAGGCUCGGGCGGUGAACAAGGCACUGGAAGGCAAUAUGAAUGGAGCAUUCCAUUGCAUUAACAAAGCAAUAGACAACAACCCUGUUGAACUUGACUAUUACAUCUUCAGGGGGACCCUAUAUAGAAGGGUCAAGAAUUUCAAUGCAGCCAUUGAUGACUACCUCCUCGUCUUGGAUAAGGUAAACGACAUGAAAGAAAGUGAGACCUACCUGGAGACCCAGAGGCAGCUGCUUCUGACCUACAAUGACUUUGCUGUGCACUGCUACCACAGAGGGUUUUAUGAAGAAGCAGUCCUUCUCUUGAACCAGAGCAUUAAGGAAGAGAAGCAGGAAAAAGGGCUGUACAUCAACCGUGGGGAUUGCUUCCUCAAGCAGUGUAAUCUGGAUUUUGCACUGCUGGACUACGAACAAGCUCAAGAACUCGACCCUGAGGACUGGCGCAUACAAAUUCGGAUUGCAGCAGUAAAUAACGAGAAGGGCCUCCUCAGCCACCAGAAUAGGAAUUACCAGGAAGCCGAGGAGCGAUUUACAACUGCUAUUGAAGGCAAUCCGUGCAUGUCCCAGUACUACCUCAACAGGGCAAAAACUCGCCAGAUACUGAGGCACGUCACUGGUUCACAGGAAGAUGCCGUCACGUCAUUAUUGUUGGACAUAAGAAACAAACAGAUUAUCCCUCUUCUGACACACCUGUUCCCUGGAAAAUCCGUCGAUGAGAUUAUGGCCAGUAGAAUUAUGGAAUCUGCGAGAUUAAAGUUAAAUACCAGCUUCCAGGCAGCUGCAGCGUUAAUCUCGAAGGUGCUUCAGCAGAGACAUUCUUUUCGAACAGUACCGAAGGCUCAGAGUAAUAAAACUCUUGAAGCAGACAAAGAGGGUCAGAAGUCAGCCUCUGGCUUUGUGCCCUGCAUAAGUGAAAAAGAUCUUUAUGACGAAAUUAUAGCGCGAAGGAAUAUGCUAACUCAAGAAAUCAAGAGGUCCCUUCACGAGAGGAAACCCCUACAGGUUAACAGACCAAGGCUUCAGAUGGUACGAAAGCCGACGGAAAAUGCCUCCCAGACUUCAGAAGAUGCAUCCCAGGGAAAACCAUACAAGUGGAGGAAGUUUGGCUCCCUUUUUGCAGGAGGGACUUGAGCACUUUCUCCUGAUUCCAGUCAAUUGUUUUGUUUGUUUAGUAGAAUGGCAAUGUAAAAUUUUCCCAAUACAAGCUGUAAGUGUGCACACACAGUGUAUACAG